ACCAGCUCAGGAAAAUGAAGUUCCUGCAGUAUUCUGUGCUUCCAUUUCUUUUAGUCGUUGUAAUAUUGUCAUUGAGUGGGGCAACUUUAGUUCAUUCUCAUGGGGAUUUCCUUCAUUGCCUUUCUCUUCAUUUACCAAAUUCUUCUACCAUUUCUAAGGUUAUUUACAUGCGAAAUAAUCCCUCAUAUUCAUCUGUUUUGAAUGCUUCUAUUCAAAAUACCAGGUUCUCCACACCAGCUACCCCUAAACCCUUGGCCAUUAUUACACCACUCAAAACAUCCCAUAUCCAAUCAACAAUUUACUGUUCCAAAAAACAUGGAUUGCAGCUUAGGAUUCGAAGUGGCGGUCAUGAUUUCGAGGGUCUUUCUUAUGUUUCUGAAGUUCCAUUUGUCAUCCUUGAUCUGCUCAACUUUCGAGCAGUUGAAGUUGACACAAAGAAUAAAGUUGCCUGGGUUCAAUCUGGUGCAACUCUAGGUGAAUUGUAUUACGGAAUUGCUGCAAAGACCAAAACACUCGGCUUCCCUGCUGGUGUUUGCCCCACUGUGGGCAUUGGUGGGCAUUUUAGUGGGGGUGGAUAUGGCAUAUUGGUCCGCAAGUACGGUCUUGCUGCUGAUCAUAUAAUUGAUGCUCAAUUGAUUGAUGCUAAUGGAAGGAUUCUUGAUAGAAAAUCCAUGGGCGAAGAUUUGUUUUGGGCCAUCCGAGGCGGAGGAGGAAAUACCUUUGGGAUUGUUCUUGCUUGGAAAAUAAAGUUAGUCCCCGUUCCAGUUGUUGUAACUGUGUUUACAGUCAACAAGAACUUGGAACAAAAUGUAACCAAAAUUCUCCAUCGAUGGCAGUACAUAGCUCACAAGCUUCCCGAUGAUUUAUAUGUGGAUGUAGGGAUAACGAAGGUGAGUUCCAGUCAAGCAGGGAAGAAAACAGUUCAAGCUGCUUUCAUAGCGUUGUUUCUUGGUGGGGUUGAUGAGCUGAUUCCAUUGGUCCAAGAAAGGUUUCCAGAGCUGGGACUAGCCAAAGAGAAUUGCAGCGAAAUGAGUUGGGCUGAAUCCGUUCUUUACCUUGGUAGAGCUCCAAGAACAUCUCUGGAUAUGUUGCUUGAUAAAAAUGUUAUUCCAAGAACAAUUUUCAAAGCCAAAUCAGACUACGUCAAGGAACCCAUCCCCGAAAGUGGAAUCGAGGGGUUCUUGUCCAUGUUUCUUGAGAAAGAAGCUGACUUCGCUUCAAUGUUAAUGGUGCCUUUCGGAGGAAAAAUGGAAGAGAUCCCAGAAAAUGAACUACCUUACCCGCAUAGAGCAGGCAACUUGUUCCAAGCCUCGUACAUUGUGGGAUGGAGAAAAGAAGAAAAUGCAGAAUGUGGAAAAUACAUAAGUUGGAUCCGAAGAUUUUACAGUUAUAUGGCGACUUAUGUUUCAAAAUCUCCAAGAGAAGCAUAUUUUAAUUAUAGGGAUUUGGAUAUUGGAUCUAAUAACAUUAGUGGCUAUACAAGUUACCAACAAGCUAGUAUUUGGGGUUUUAAAUAUUUCAAGAAUAAUUUCAAAAGACUGGUACAGGUAAAGACCAUGGUUGAUCCAAUGAAUUUCUUCAGAAAUGAACAAAGUAUCCCUCCUCUUUCAUCGCCAUGAAAGAAGAAAGGUUACUGGGGUUGAAGACUUUAGAGCUUUUAGUUAAACAUGAGCAAAGAUAUCCGUUGAAAGUGGUAUUAUAUUGCAAAGUGAAGAGGUCCUCUGUCACUCAUCACUACCAAAUCUAUCCUGAUGAAUAAUUUAAUGCAAAAUCUACUAUUACAACAAA